AGGACAUCCUCGAACCUUGCCCUCGCUCUCCGCUGUUUCUUACUUCACCUCGCCUUUCCCUUCUCUCCGCGAUAAAUACUCGAUGCAAUCCGGCCGAUUUCCCCCCCCUCCGAUCCACACAUCCUCGCGCGUUUCCCUUUGAUCCGCCCCGUCACCCCCGGCUCAAAGAGGUGACUUGCCACCCUCUACAUAACCUCUGCCAAUAGCUUCUGGCACAACCGGAAUAGCGUUUUCUCCUUCUUGUUUUUUCUUUUCUUCCUCACAGUCCUGGCACCCGCCCCGCGAAUUCUGUGUCGGUCUUGUCACAAAUUCCCUGUCACAAUACCCAACGAAAAGCUGCCCCUCGUCCUUGGGCGUGAACACCGAACGCCGUUAGCAGAUGUCGCCUACACCCGCUGGGCCAGCUUCGAGCACUGGCUCUAAUCAUGUAAACGGGGCAAGAGAUGCUGUAGAAUCGGCUGGGGAUACUUCCGGGCUCUCUCAAACAUUACAGGGACAUGUGGAUGACAUUCGCACGUUGAUACAAUGUGGCGUCUGCAUCAGGCCAUUAUACGAGCCUUUCACACUUGUCUGUGGGCAUACAUUUUGUUAUACUUGCCUGACUUCGUGGUUUGGGAGUGGAAGAUCAAAUAAGACAUGUCCUGAUUGUCGAGCACCGGUGAAGUCGGAACCAUCGCCUGCAUACCUUGUCCGCGCAGUUGUACAACUCUUCACAAGUCGAGCCGAACUUCUAGAUAAGGGCGAGACCACGGCAGAGCAUAUACACCACCAACGCGAGGAGGCUGCAAAAAUCGACAGGGAUAAGAAAAACCCCCAUCCUAGAGAAGGGGGUUUGUUCAAGGGCACGUUCAAUAAAGCAAGGCUACCACCAGCGGCACCUGUCGUUGAUCUCGAGGAUGGUGUCGUUCGAUGCCCAAUUUGCGCCUGGGAGCUUGAAGAAGAUUCAAAUUGCAUACAGUGUGGUUAUCGCCAGGAUGAAGGGUCUGUUACUGAUACGUCCGAUUAUUCGAGUGAUGAUCUGGACGAGAAUUCCGAGAUGACAGACUAUCUUGAUGACGAGGCCGAGGACGGGUUCAACGGGGCGGAUGAUUUCGAUUACAAUGGUUUCUAUGAUGGGGUCCCCAUUGAUGCGAUGCCGUUCGACCUCCAACACUUAUAUGAAAUGCAUCGUAACCAUUACCCACAUCAACGUCCUAAUCUUUCACGUCACGGUAUUACAUCGGACGAUUGGGAUGGCCAUGAUGUAAUGUCUGCCGUCCACGACAGCGAAGAUGAUGACGAUUUGGACGAUACUGACAUGGAUUCUUUCAUUGAUGAUGGCGAGCAUUAUGGUCACGGGGAAUACGAUUCCGAGUCAGAUCGAUCAACAGUCGUGGGGGCACCUGAUAACAGCACGCAAGACCACUAUGGGGAGGAUUCCCAUCAGUAUUCCGACAUUCCAACGCCUCUGCUCGGGGAUCUGAGUGAUAGCUCUUCGGACAGUACAAGUGACGAAGGAGAUGAGGAUGUCGACGACAUUCCCACGUCUCAAAUCGGGACACUUCUGAGUGAUAGCUCGCCGAUUAUUACAGGCACUGAAGGAGAUGGGAAUAUCGACGACAUUCCAACGUCUGAAAUCGGGACACUCCUGAGUGAUGCUGAUAGCGUGUCAGGAAUUACAGGCACUGAAGGAGAUGGGGAUGACGACGAUGGAAGUGAAGAUGACGAGCCAAUCCGGCCCGCCGUAAGCGGAAAUCGACGCCGACCGAAUACUUGGACAGCCCAUGUCUCAAACUCGCCAGCGCGUCCAUGGCGAAUGAAUUCGAAUGGCCGCCCGGCUCAAUCACGCGGGACGUCAAAUGCUCGGAAUCGACCGCCGGCGGGAAGUUCUAUGGCGAACGCGAUCAGGCUGGAGGAUGACUCUGACGAAGGUCCUGUGAGACCCUCCAGGAGAGCAAGACGAUAGAGCAAACUGCCAGGUUCCGGUUUGACAAAUCGUUAAUGGACUCAUAUUCUCAGAUACGAUGUCGUGAAUAAUUCCCCGAGCGUUUUCAUAGCGAAUAUGUAUGGGUUUAAUCUGAACCGAUCUUGCAUGUGGAUCGGAAAAUUCUGCUAGCCUUCAGUUCUUUUUACUUUUUCUUUUGCUAUUUUUCUUUUUCUUUUGUUUUUCUUUUCUUUUUCUUUUUCUUUUUCUUUUGGGAUUUCAGCCAUUGUCAUAAAUCGGCCCGGUCAAUCGGUGGUGAAAACACGAUAACAGGAGGUCUUGCUUCCUCUUUUCUUCUUUCCCAUCCGGUCCUCUUGCGAUGUUUUCUUCCUCUUGUCUCUUUCCCCCCGGAAGCACUAUUUAUACCCCCCCAAAAUUAGUAACACGAAUACCCAACUUGAUUCCAUCAUCGAAGCUCAUAUUUCCGAAUUCUUUGUAUGUUAGCGAUGAGGUCUCUCAAAAUGUCAUCUGUCAUGCUGGC